AUGGGAAGAGCACCGUGCUGCGACAAGAAUGCGGUGAAAAAAGGGCCAUGGUCGCCGGAGGAAGACGCCGUGCUUAAGUCUUACAUCGAAAAACACGGUACCGGCAACAAUUGGAUUUCCCUCCCUCACAGAAUCGGGAUUAAGAGAUGUGGAAAGAGUUGUCGUCUGAGAUGGCUUAAUUACUUGAGGCCUAACUUAAAGCAUGGAGGCUUCACGGAUGAAGAAGAUUACAUCAUCUGCAGCCUUUACAUUACUAUUGGAAGCAGGUGGUCUAUCAUUGCUUCACAAUUACCGGGAAGAACAGACAACGAUAUCAAAAACUACUGGAAUACGAGGCUUAAGAAGAAGCUAUUGAGCAAGCAGGGGAAGGCAUUUCACCAACAACUUAAAGUCAAAUUCGAGUCCCAAAAAAUAACAUCAACGGGUCAAAACCAGAUCCUAAUGUUUCAUGAUGAGAACACCAAAUCGCCGUUGAACCAAACCUUAUAUAACGAGGUGGUGGAUCCAUCAAUAACAUAUUUCUGCAUGGAAGAUCAAGUCAUGAUCCAGAAUCCGAAUAUGGAAACAUUUUCCUGGGAACAAAACCAGGUUUGGUUUGGUAUUGAUGAUGCAGCCUCUUCAUCUUAUCAUCAUCAUUCAUCUCCAUCCUUAAACUCCAUGAGUAGUGGUAGUAGUAGCAUUGGUACAAAUUCAUCUCUACAAAUGUCUCAUUCCACCAUCAAUAACACUGAUCAUCAUGAUCAAGAGAUGUUAUUCAUGACCGGGUUGGAGAAUCUACAGGUCGAGCUAUUCGAUGAGAUAGCCAACACCAAUACGCAAGAAAUCGGACUUCGUGGUACCGAGACGCUGAGCAACAACUGCUUAGAUCAUGAUAUUAGCUACUUCAUUGAUUAUCCUCUAUUCAGUAAUGAGUAA